AUGGUACCCGCCUGCCUCUCAGCCCAACAUAGACUAACAAGUGGGUUAGGUUUGACCUGGAGUUUUGUCACCCAAGGUCUUAUCACUCUUUUGGUAAUCCCAUGCAACUUGAUCCUUCAAACGUGCGGUCGAACGCGAGCAAAACACGGCCAUAAUGCGGCGUAG